AUGGACAGCCAUUAUAAAAAUCCAUACACGCCUCUCAGUACCGAGGAUGGAAAUACAUCCUCCGAUGCUCUACCAAUACAGGCCCAGAAGGAUCACGCACAUGCCAAUAAGGGAAUCCUAGCUCUUACGACCUCAUUAUUUCUUCUAUGCGCCGGUCUAGGUGCGGCAUUAUACUAUCAGAUAAAUUCAGCCUGUGGGGUUAGUUAUGUAUCCGAAUCUUCGCAUAUCAAGGUACCUCAUCGGGCAGUGAUCUUUCUUCCACACGACGAGUACACGCAUCAGCUUCCAGAUGAACCGGGUUCGGUAUGGGAUAAAUUAAUACCUCCUGGGAGAGGCUUUGUUGCUGCAAAGCAGACCAAGUCGGGAGCUUUAGCCUUCGAAGAGUACUCCUCGGUAUCCCUUGGUGCAGAUUCAUCCAAAGAAUACUACUGUAUCUCAGCCUUCCACCAAAUGCAUUGUCUGGCCAUCAUUUACAAUGCCAUAUUCUCGAAAAACCACUCCGACCAUCAUCACAGGGAUGAUCAUAGCGAUCAUACCAAGCACUGCAUCGAUUAUCUUCGACAGUCCAUAAUGUGUGCGAGUGAUGCGACGCUUGAGAGCUCAGGAGUGCUAGAGGGAGACGGAAGCACUAUCAGGGCUGUCGAUGGGUGGAACAAUACGCAUCAGUGUCGAGACUGGGAUAGCCUGUAUGACUUUGCUUCACGCCAUCGCAUGUUAGACUCGGAUGGUAUUGUGUAA